AUGCACCUGGCGCGAUCCUUAUUGUUCCAGCUGCGCAUUCGUACUCGUACCACACUAGUCAGAACGCCCCUGCCCUACACCCACCUCAACACCCCUUCCCGACCCAGCUCUUUCCGGAUCGCGCCGUACAGCAUGAGUCAAGCGGCGCCGACUGACCACACCGGAUCGCGCGGGAUCGUCGAGACCAUUGUCGAUGCGAUCAAACCUGCUCAAAAAACAAACGAGCAAGCGGGGGCACCGUCAGCAGCCGUAGCUCAGGAGGCCUCGGCCGAGCAACCUCGAGUCAAGUCAGUUCCAUUCUCCUCUUCACCUCUCGCACGGCUCACGUCUCACUAACACCAGCCCCUGUGCGGUUUCUAGGGAGAAUGGCGAACUGGAGACCAAGUCCGAGAUGAAGAAGCGCAUCAAGGCCGAGCAGAAGGAGAAGGAAAAGGCCGAAAAGGCCGCCGCGAGGGAGAAGAAGGAGGCCGAGGACAGGGCCGCCAAGGCCGCUGCUGAUGCUGUGAGUAUCUGGAUAUGUGGGGACCGAGAGCAGAGUCGGAUGCAGUACAGUCGGUGUGAACUCACUUGGUCGAGGGAAUAUCAACUGAUGACGUGCGAUCGACCGUUGAUCAGGACUACUCGCCCGACAAGUACGGCAAGCUUCCUCUCAACACAUCCCAGGAUCGAUCCCGUGAGUUGCAGAUUGAUUCCCGACCAGCGCGUACAUUGCAAGAUCCGGCGAAGAACAGACCGCUCACGCAGCAUCCGCUUCGCUUCGACUUUCGCAGGCAAGGAGCGAACCGACUUGGGCACAUUGACCGCCGCCGAUGCGGGCAAGAAGGUCUUGUUCCGAGCCCGUCUCCAAACGUCACGUGCACAAGGUGCGUUUCUCGUGCGCACUUGGGACUUCAAGUUGUCGUGCUCCUGCUGAUUUGCUCCCCAUUCCCGACACUCCCGCCGCCGUCGUUCCCCCACACUCGUGCAAUCGGCCGCAGGUGCCAAGAUGGUCUUCCUCGUCUUCCGUCAACAGCAACACACGAUCCAGGCCCUCAUCCAAGUCGAACCCGAGCUCGUGUCCAAGCCCAUGGUGCGCUGGACCGAAUCCAUCAACGCCGAAUCGAUCGUGCUCGUCGAAGGCACCGUCCAAAAGCCGCUCGAGCCCGUCAAGAGUUGCACCGUCUCGGACGCCGAGAUCAAGAUCUCGCAGAUCCACACCAUCUCGGAAGCGCCCAACGUACUCCCCUUCUCGAUCGCGGAUGCGAUGCGCACCGCCGACUCGGUCGAGGGCCCUACCGUUGCUCUCGAUACGCGCUUGGACAAUCGAGUGCUCGAUCUCCGUACGAUCACGAACCAAGCCGUUUUCAAGAUCCAAUCGGGCGUCUGCCAGCUGUUCCGCGACUAUUUGAUCAACAAGAAUUUUGUCGAGAUCCACACCCCGAAGCUGCAAGGUGCGGCGACGGAGAGUGGUGCGUCCGUGUUCAAGGUGUCCUACUUCAAGGGUAAUGCCUUCCUCGCGCAAUCGCCCCAACUCGGCAAGCAGAUGUGCAUCGCCGGUGACAUGGAACGUGUGUUUGAGAUCGCGCCCGUCUUCCGUGCCGAAGACUCGAACACCCACCGUCACAUGACCGAAUUCAUGGGUCUCGAUCUCGAGAUGGCGUUCGAGGAACACUACCACGAGGUGAUGGAGACGAUCGACGGCAUGCUCAAAGCCAUCUUCAGCGGCCUGCAACAAAAGUACGCCAACGAGAUCUCGAUCGUGCAAAAGCAAUUCCCGCACGACGAUUUCACCUUCUUGCCCGAGACGUUGGUGCUCAAGUACACGGACGCGAUCAAGAUCUUGCAAGAUGCUGGGGUGCAACAGGGGAGUCCACCUGCGCCGAUUGGGGAUUACGAUGACAUGUCGACGACGACGGAGAAGGCGUUGGGUGUUUUGGUCAAGGAGAAGUACGGCACGGAUUACUACAUCAUCGACAAGUUCCCGUUGGAGCUGCGCCCGUUCUACACCAUGCCCGAUGCCGAGGAUCCCGUGAGUUGACACACCCCUUUCGCAUGAUGCGAUGUCCCUUUGCGCUGAAUGAAGCGCUUCUUAUGAUCGUCCUGCAGAAACUGUCCAACUCGUACGACUUUUUCAUGCGAGGCGAAGAGAUCCUUUCCGGCGCCCAACGAGUCCACGACGCCACCCUGCUCGAAGAACGUAUGCGAGCGGUCGGGAUCGACCCCGACGACAUGAAGGCCUACGUCGAUGCGUUCCGCCUCGGUGCUCCUCCCCACGCCGGUGGUGGUAUCGGUUUGGAGAGGGUCGUGAUGUUGUUCCUCAAGUUGAACAAUAUCCGACGGGCGAGUUUGUUCCCUCGUGAUCCUAAACGAUUGAACCCUUAG